CCCGGGCGCACUUCCGGGCACAGUGGCGACGUGACGUCAGGCGGAGGGCAAGUGAGCUCCGCUCUUUGGACCCUUCAGGAGGCUCCCCUGAGCCAGCACCGCCCAGCGCUCGCAGCCCCAGGCCCCUUUCCAGACCCUGGAGGGCUCCCACCCUGAGGGCAGGGACCCGUAACAGCUCCCAGGAUGGGUGAAAGAAAAGGAGUCAACAAGUACUACCCUCCAGACUUCAACCCCGCAAAGCAUGGCUCUCUCAACCGCUACCACAAUAGCCACCCACUCCGGGAGCGGGCCCGGAAGCUGUCGCAAGGCAUCCUCAUCAUCCGGUUCGAGAUGCCGUAUAACAUCUGGUGCGAUGGCUGCAAGAACCACAUUGGCAUGGGCGUUCGUUACAACGCAGAAAAGAAGAAAGUGGGUAACUAUUACACCACCCCCAUCUACAGGUUCCGGAUGAAAUGCCACCUGUGCGUCAACUACAUCGAGAUGCAGACGGACCCCGCCAACUGCGACUACGUGAUUGUGAGCGGGGCUCAACGCAAGGAGGAGCGCUGGGACAUGGAGAGCAACGAGCAGGUGCUGCCCACAGAACAUGAGACGAAGCAGAAACUGGAGACCGACGCCAUGUUCCGCCUGGAGCACGGUGAGGCCGACCGCGGGACGCUGCAGCGGGCGCUGCCCACGCUCAGCCACCUGCAGGAGGCGCAGAACGUCUGGAAGGAUGACUUCGCGCUCAACAGCCUGCUGCGCAGGCGCUUCCGGGAGAAGAAGAAGGCGGUGCAGGAGAAGGAGGAGAGGGACCAGGCACUGCAGGCCAAGGCCAGCCUAGCCAUCCCACUGGUGCCUGAGACGGAGGAGGACCGCAGGCUGGCCGCGCUGCUCAAGUUCCACACGCUUGACUCCUACGAGGACAAGCAGAGGCUCAAGCGCUCCGAGAUCAGCAGCCGCUCCUGGUUCCCCGCCACCCCAGGCUCCAGCGCCAGCAACAGCAGCAGCAAGACCAGCAGCGUGCUAAGGAGGCUGGCACAGGGCCGCAGGGCCGGGGCCCCUGCCUGCACUCCCAUCACCGUGGGCAACCUGGGCAUCGUACGGCGGCGGCGGUCUCAGGAUGCUCCAGGGAGCCCCCCACGUACCGCUGAUGCCCCCACACCCCAAGACCCACCGCAGGAGAACCCCCAGAAGGGACCUGCAUCCCCCAAGGACUGCCCCAGGGGCGCAGCUGGGAGCCCCAAGACCAGCAUGCCUUGUGAACAGGAGGGUGGCAGCGGGGACCGGCCCGGGCCCCCGGCAGGCUCCUCCCAGAAUGCAGAUGCCUUGCACCCCGGCUGCUCCUCCUCGCUGGUGGCGGACUACUCGGACUCAGAGAGCAGCGAGUGAGGGGCCUCUGGGCCACAGGCCCCCCCUCGACCCUCCCUGCACCUCACUUUCCAAGCCUCGCAGUUAUUUAUUCGGUCCGGCCGGGCGCCUGUGCCUUGUAGGACCCCAAUACCCCAACAAUAAAGCUCUGUUCUUUGCCCUGC